CUCAUAACCUUGAAAUUUUCAACCGGAAAACAUGAUGAGCGACGUCACUCACUGGCAUUAUCUAUAAUAUUUCCCAAAGUGUGUGACUUUAUGAUUUAGGAAUCGCUCAUGUGUGGGCUUUCGUAACACCCGUUUCCUUUGAACAAAUUGACGUUAAUGAUGUCACCAGGGAAUGAUACAAAUCAUGAGAAGUUGAUAGUGCUGACAACUUUAGUUGGAGCCCAAACUGUCUUCGGUGUGACGAUUGUCAUCUCCCUUCUCGUCUUGUUUCUGUAUAUACGGAAGAAAUUAAUGUUUCUACAAAAUCAAAUCACAACAGUUUCACUACUUUUGACACAAAAGGAUACUGUCGAUGAAGACGUGUGCAAAAACUGUGAUGAAACUGACAAGAUAGAUGACGCAGCUGUAAUAAAUCACGUGAUCAACGAGGAAAGUGCACAGCCUCUUCGAAAUAAAUUCAAGGAAAUAGACGAAGUGACAAAGCCUAAAGGAAAACGGAAAAUGUGUAAAUCAGACAGCGAGCUGUCCUUCAGAAAUAAAGUGCUUAUCACAACAAAGCCAAAAGCAGAUCAAAAAAAACCAACGCUGUACGAAAAAUGUCGACUCCCAUUUGAAACAUGCGAAGACUAAGGGAAACUAGCAGAGUAUAUAUAGCAUCAUUGUAGAAUUUCAUAUAUCAUACACUAUGGCCCAUGACGUAUGUAAAUUCAUGAUAUUUAUAACGAUAUGUCGACGAUGCUGCUGUUAUACUGAAUGCAGCUUGAUAUAUAUACAUUGCUCAAACAUGUUUGUUAACCUCCUGUACAUUUGAUAUAUAAAUAAUCCUGUUUA